CAUGUCCGAAACACCACGUGACGUGGCGGUCAUGAUAAACUGCUGCUGAUAUCGCAGUUAAACUUUCAAGCUUUCGUAUCUCGCUUCGCUCUUCUCUACUUACAUUGUAUGAGUUUUCCUUAAAAACAAAAGAAACCCGACGAAACUCAUUCGAAGAAUGGCGGCAACUACUUCCAUGGUUACUUCAUUAACCUUCACAAUUCCUUCGCUAGGGCUUCGCCUACCCACUCGUAGCUACCCAUGUCUAAAACCCCAGAGACGUUUAGUGAGGAAGGCUGCUUCAAAUGUUAUAACGGCAACAUAUGAGUUGAAGGCACCUCCAUAUCCCUUGAAUGCAUUGGAACCCCAUAUGAGCCGAGAAACCCUGGCGUAUCAUUGGGGAAAACAUCACAGAACCUAUGUGGAGAACCUAAACAAGCAAGUUGUAGGAACAGAUCUAGAAGGGUUGUCUUUGGAAGACAUUAUCAUUGUUACAUACAACAAGGGUGAUAUACUCCCUGCAUUCAACAAUGCUGCACAGGCCUGGAACCAUGAUUUUUUCUGGGAAUCAAUGAAACCAGGUGGUGGAGGAAAGCCAUCUGGGGAUCUUCUAGAUCUGAUCGAAAGAGAUUUUGGUUCAUUUGAAAGAUUCAUUGAAGAGUUUAAGGCCGCUGCAGCUACUCAGUUUGGUUCUGGCUGGGCUUGGCUUGCAUACAAAGCAAAUAGGCUUGAUGUGGAAAAUGCAGUAAAUCCUUGGCCAUCAGAGAAGGAUAAAGAGCUUGUAAUAGUGAAAAGUCCAAAUGCUGUGAAUCCCCUUGUUUGGGACUACUUUCCACUCCUCACUAUUGAUGUCUGGGAGCAUGCUUAUUACCUUGACUUUCAGAAUCGACGACCAGAUUAUAUAUCAGUGUUCAUGGAGAAGCUUGUAUCUUGGGAAACAGUUAAUACUAGACUUGAAAAAGCAAAGGCUCGAGCUGCCGAGAGGGAAAUGGAGGAAGAGAGGAGGAGAAAAGAAGAAGAAGAGGGCAAACCGACUAAUGAAGAAGAAGAUGAUGAUGAUUUAGAGAUGUACGUAGAUAAUGACAAUGAUGAUUCAGAGGCUGAAUGAAUUUAACAUACAACAAUGGUAUUAGGACACCAUAAUAAUUUACAUACCAGCACGUUGUGAACUGUUGCUCCGAUGCUAUUCCUAUCUUAUCAGAGAAUUCCUCGAAGAGAAAAGACCUUGAAGAUCCGAAGCCAUUGAAGUUCCAGUGGUAGGGGGUCCAAAAACAUCCCAAAACCGAAGAGUCUCAUCUGCCACAGCCGAUACAACAGUUACUCCAUCAGGGCUCUACAACAGGAAAAUACAAGAAACUUCAAAUUUCUUUUCAUGCAAAUUUCCUACUGGAUUCUUAAAAGUUUGAAUAGUUAAAAACCUGGCAUAGGUUGAUAAUUCGGGGCUCAUGGUUCCCAAACUCCCCCACUUUUGUCAUCGAAGGGUACUUCCAGAGGCAUAGUUUGUUUUGAUCCUCCCCUGUGCUGUAUCCAUGGCUACUCAAUAUCUCCCUGUGAUGUCUGUUCCAUUCCAGUCCAGAAAUCUGCUCAUUUUACAGAAAAUUACUAAUAGUUGAAUAAAAGAACCGAAUAAUGCA